AUGCAUACGGCCUGGGCACGUGCUAAUGCGAUAUUUGCGUUUGUUCUUUCUGUCUUAUCAGCCUUAACGUUUUGCGUUUUCGUGUCCACUGUUUGGUUACCGAACUCGGCACCAGUUACUUUAUCAGCGAGUAAUAUUCGCGUGAAGAAUUUCGUAGAUUAUGCCUCAGAGGGUUCACGAAGUGAUGUAGUAAUGGCAGACCUGAAGAUAAAAGUUGAUGUUGCUCCCAUAUUUAAUUGGAAUGUUAAAGAGAUCUUUUUAUUCCUUGUAGCAGAGUACAGUACACCAAAAGCACCUCUUAAUCAGAUUGUACUUUGGGAUAAAAUCUUGAGACGUGGCGACUGGUCGGCAAUACACGAAGAGAGCAUUACACCAAAAUACUACUUUAUGGAUGAUGGUACCAAUCUACUAAAUCACAAAAAUGUAACUCUUGUACUGAGAUGGAAUGUGGUACCGAAUGCAGGUUAUCUGGCAAUUGCACAAGGUGAAGGACAAUAUCGGGUCGAAUUUCCAUCCAGUUAUUACAGUGGUCGAUUUUAG